AUGGGCGAAAUCGAGGGACUAAAGCACGGCGAAGCUGUUCGCACCACGAGCCCGAACAGCUCUCCAUCGGAAGACAUCAUGCCGCGACCGACCGUUGCUGAGGAGGAGAAGAAGACGUUCAUCCAGAAAGUGCUUACUCCAGGCUCGGUAUGGCAGAUCAUUUUCGCUGCUAUUCUGGCCAUUGCCAUUGGUCUGGCCGUUACCACCACCGUAGACGAGGUGCCAGUCGCUGCUAUCACCAUACUUGCAAUCCCCGGCAACCUUUGGUUACGUGCUUUGAGGGCGGUUGUCCUUCCAAUGAUCGUUACUGCUAUGAUCCUGGCUAUCCAACGUCUGCGAAACAUGACGCAAGGAGGUGGUGCAGCCGGCAAACUUGCUCGCUGGACGAUCGGCUACUACGUUGUUACCACCGUCAUCGCUGUCGCUCACUCCGCCCUCUUGGUCGGUCUAGUCUGGAGUAAACUGAUGAAUCCAGUCUCGGGCAGUGCUUUGGACCUAGACGAGAAGAACCAGAAACUUGUGGACGAGAGAAAAGAAACUGCUAUCCACGACGUCGUCGAAGACAUGUUCUUCUCAUUGGUACCUAACAACAUCGUUAACGCACUAGCUACCGAUGCCCUUCUCUCUGUGUUAGUCACGGCAGUCGUCCUUGGAUAUGUUAUCAAGCCAGGAGGCGCGAUCCACCGAGCAGUCGAAGAAGUCGAAGUCAUCGUCCUUAAGGUCAUCACGGUCCUUAUCCAUCUUGCACCAAUUGGAGUGUUCUUUCUGAUCAUGCCAAACCUCUUCCGCCUGGACAUUUCCGAGAUCGGCGCGAACCUGGGCAUACUUAUCGGAGGAACCCUAUGCGGCAUGUUUAUCCAUCUGUUCAUCAUAAUUCCAAUCAUCUUUUUCGCAUUCACGAGGAGCAACCCAUAUACAUUCUGGGUGAGGAUGAGCCCUGCCUGGAUCACCGCUUGGGGUACCGCAUCAAGCGCUGCGACUUUGCCGGUUACCAUCCGCUGUGUAUUGAAGGAAGGAAUACCUAUCACAGUAACGAAGUUCGCCGUGCCUCUCGGUUGUUUGAUCAACAUGGACGGAACUGCGAUCUACUUCCCGAUCGUUGUUGUGUUCCUGGCGGCCACUCAAGGGAUAACUUUGAACGCUGCUGAUUACAUCAUUGUUAUCUUGCUCUCGACUCUUGCUUCGAUCGGAACGACGCCUAUCCCGAGUUCAAGUCUGGUUCUAGUAGUCAUGAUCGCUUCUAGCGUUGGAAUCCCCAUUACCGGAAUGUACGCCGUUGUUAUCGCCAUCGAUUGGUUCCUCGAUCGUUUCCGGACGGCGAUGAACGUCAGUUGCGAUACCUUUGCGGCUAAAGUCGUGACGGACAUAACGAAGAUCAGGGACGAAGAAGGACAGACGUAUGACGACAUCGAGAACGUUGAUCCUAAUUCACUCGGACGAACAGACGAAUCGAAAGUCUAG